UUUUUUUCUCUUUCCACGUUUCGGAGCUGAACGAUCGCCCCCUUUACUCUCUUCUCCGAAAAAGCUUUCGCCUUUCGGUUCUCUGUUUCCUGAUUCGUUUCUCUUUUGAGUCUUACUUCUAUAAAGAUUUUCCACCUUAUUGAUCUUUUUUCUUCCAAAUUUUCUUUGUUUGAAUGUUUUUCUUCUAAUCGGUCUCUCGGCCUAUCCGUUGGAGACGGUCGGCGAUAACAACCACUGCUUCCGAUUUUCGACAAUUUGAUUUGAAUGAAAACGGGGCGCUUCCUGGUUUCGAAAGAUUGCUUCAGAACAUUCGUCGACAAGAACACUGGGGAUCUCCCUCCGUUAACAAAUAGGGAGAAUCGAUUGAGGACAGUUCAUUUCUUGAUUUGCUGAACUAUCAUCGUCUUUUAUUCUCGGAAAACAUCAGAUCAUCGUUUAUUGAACGCGUUUCAUAUAAAGAUCAAUUCAUUUUCGAGUUUUGUCGUUCUUGGUCAAUUAACGGAGAUCGAUCUCCUGCUUUUAUCGGUUCUUGCAGUUUCUUGUCGAAUCGCCUAGUUUUUAGUUGAAUAUCUCAAUAUCCACUGUCAAGAUGAUGUGCUCUGUGAGGCAAUCGACAGCCAUUCUCACCGUUUCCGAUCUCUCAAAAUCAAGGCCAAAUGCACCGACUUCGCAAUCGCGACUCUCGUUGCUUUCCCCCGUUUCCAUUGCAAAAGGACCUAAUUUCGGUCUUUCGGCCCGUAAACCCCUGUAUAUUUCUUCCCUUCAAGGUUUUCGUUCUUUCGAAGGUGAAAGACCUCGCAAUUCGGUUAAUGAGUGCAAAGCGUAUGAAGCCGAUCGGUCAGAUCCAAUAGACGCCAACGUCGAAAUCCCCGACCAGACGGCUCGGUCCGCGGCAGCUCAGAAGCUGAAAAUUGGUAUAUACUUCGCAACUUGGUGGGCUCUGAACGUUGUUUUCAACAUCUACAACAAGAAAGUCCUGAACGCCUUUCCAUAUCCAUGGCUCACCUCCACCCUGUCUCUCGCAACUGGAUCACUGAUGAUGCUGAUUUCGUGGGCUACGAGAAUCGCGGAAACACCGAAGACCGAUUUGGAAUUCUGGAAAACCCUAUUCCCGGUCGCUGUGGCGCAUACCAUCGGCCAUGUCGCAGCAACGGUUAGCAUGUCGAAAGUUGCGGUUUCGUUCACUCAUAUCAUCAAGAGCGGAGAACCUGCUUUUAGCGUCUUGGUUUCAAGGUUUCUCUUGGGUGAAACGUUCCCGGUGCCGGUUUAUCUGUCUCUUGUGCCGAUUAUCGGUGGUUGUGCACUCGCCGCGGUCACUGAGCUAAACUUCAACAUGACUGGGUUCAUGGGCGCUAUGAUAUCGAAUCUGGCCUUUGUAUUCCGAAACAUUUUCUCAAAGAGAGGGAUGAAGGGGAAGUCCGUCAGUGGCAUGAACUACUAUGCUUGUCUCUCUAUGUUGUCUCUGUUGAUUCUCACACCUUUUGCCAUUGCUGUAGAGGGUCCACAGAUGUGGGCAGAUGGCUGGCAAAGAGCACUCUCUCAAAUUGGACCGAAUUUCAUAUGGUGGGUGGCAGCCCAAAGUGUGUUCUACCACCUAUACAAUCAAGUCUCAUACAUGUCGCUCGACGAGAUCUCCCCAUUGACAUUUAGCAUUGGCAAUACUAUGAAGCGGAUAUCUGUCAUUGUCUCUUCUAUUAUCAUCUUCCACACACCUGUCCAGCCCAUCAAUGCUCUGGGAGCUGCCAUCGCAAUCCUCGGAACUUUCCUUUACUCCCAGGCAAAGCAGUAAAGCCGUAAAGGGAAGGGUGAGGCAGUGGAAAUUGAUUCAAAUCAUGCUAAGCAGCAGAUAAUGGAAGGAUGGCAUCAGGAUGGAAUUUACCGCAAUUGUCAGUAAUGGACACAAUUUCUUAGUCUCAGAGCACUAGAUUUUGGUCUAGAGUGUGACCAGCGGCUUUUCUUGUUGUAGAUAAAAUAACAAAAACAAUAUUUUUAUAGAAGUGAUUUAGAUUAGAUUAUAGUUGCUUUCUUCUUCUAGGAGACUUUGUUCUGUUUUGCUGCAAACGAUAGAAAAUAAGAUAUUUAUUUGCAUUUCCUGAC